CUCAGUCGGCUGGCUGCUCCCGGGGCAGGGAACGGCACCAGAGUUUCCCCGAGUUCGGGAUUUGGGGACUUUGCCCAGCAUCUUGGGAGUGUUUGUGCUGCGAAGCCAGACGUGCUUGUCCUAAAGAUGUGGUGGCACUGGAGGUUUUUGGUGCUUCUGAGCUUUGCGGAGGCAUUUUGGCAUUUCACCUCACAGCCGGCGUGGCCUUCGGCAUCCUUAGUGUUCUGCAGCAAUUGAGCCUAAAAGCUUCUUCUUAUUGAGCAAAGAUCUUGGGAAGACGUAAACCAGCAUUCCCAAGUCUGGUAUUGAGGGAUUUACAUCAGCUGAAAACCCUACAACAAACAGACAAUAAAAGCUAGGUGUCUGAAGAGUAAAGAAAACCCUAUGAAAAGUCAACCUCUAAAUACCUACGUGUCCAACCUCGAUUGUGCCUUCCAGAAACACAGCCUCUACCUCACCGUGUACUUGCACGUGCUUUUAUCUCUGUUUAUGAUUAAAGAGAUGAUCUACAAAGAAGUAUAAGCCCAGCACAAUUAAGUAUGUGAUUCUGUGAAGUUGCUCUGAGGAGGGUACGUUGACAUCUGUCUGGUACUAGACUGGUGGAUAGGAAGAAGGUCCCAUCUCUGGCCUGUUUGUGGAAGCUGGGAUGAUGAAGGCACUGCAGUGGGACCGUGCGGUCGUACAGGGUUGAAGCUCCAGCCCAUGUCUGGUAGUUAUAGAGCAAUUGGAAGGGUUACGUGCAGAGUUCUGGUAAAGAUGGAAGAAUCUCAUUUCAACUCCUCCCCGUACUUCUGGCCAGCCGUGCCCACCGUCUCGGGACAGAUUGAGAACACCAUGUUUAUUAACAAGAUGAAGGAGCAGCUAUUGCCCACAGAGAAGGGCUGCAGCCUGGCUCCCCCCCACUACCCUGCCUUGCUGACAGUCCCCACCUCUGUGGCCCUCCCCACUGGUAUUUCCAUGGACUCGGACACCAAGCCAGAGCAGCUGACACCACACAGCCAAGCCCCCGUGACUCAGAACAUCACCGUGGUACCAGUGCAGUCUGCUGGACUCAUGACAGCAGGUCCCGGUCUGGUGAUAACUUCCCCAUCAGGUUCCUUGGUGACCACAGCCUCUUCUGCCCAAACCUUUCCCAUCUCAGCUCCCAUGAUUGUCUCUGCGUUACCCCCCGGCUCCCAGGCAGCCCUCCAGGUGGUUCCUGACCUGUCCAAGAAAGGGACAACCACCCUCUCCGAAGGUGGUGGGGGUGGCGGGGGUGGGGGAGUUGCCCCCAAACCACCCCGGGGCCGGAAGAAGAAGCGAUUGCAGGAGUCGGGGCUGCCAGAGAUGAGCGAUCCCUUUGUGCUGUCAAAUGAGGAUGAUGAGGACCAGCACAAGGAUGGCAAGACAUACAGUAGUUCCGUGAGCAGCGGAACUAAUGAAGCCUGGUUUCCAGCGGCUCUCUCCUGUGUGGAUUCUCUGAUGUCUAAUCAAGGGUGCCGGAUGUGUUCGCUGACCUUCUACUCCAAGUCGGAGAUGCAGAUCCACUCCAAGUCCCACACGGAGACAAAGCCACACAAGUGUCCUCACUGCUCCAAGAGCUUCGCCAACAGCUCCUACCUGGCCCAGCACAUUCGCAUCCACUCGGGGGCCAAGCCCUACACGUGCAGCUACUGCCAGAAGGCCUUCCGCCAGCUCUCCCACCUGCAGCAGCACACACGGAUCCACUCCAAGCUCCACACGGCGAUUGUCAAGCCACACAAGUGUCCUCACUGCUCCAAGAGCUUCGCCAACACAUCCUACCUGGCCCAGCACCUCCGCAUCCACUCGGGGGCCAAGCCCUACACCUGCCGUUACUGCCAGAAGGCCUUCCGCCAGCUCUCCCACCUGCAGCAGCACACACGUAUCCAUACUGGGGACCGACCCUACAAAUGUGCUCACCCUGGGUGUGAAAAGGCUUUCACCCAGCUUUCCAACCUGCAGUCCCACAGACGGCAGCACAACAAAGACAAACCUUUCAAGUGCCACAACUGCCACCGUGCAUACACAGAUGCUGCCUCCCUGGAGGUACACCUGGCGACCCACACAGUGAAACACGCCAAGGUCUACACCUGCUCCAUCUGCAGCCGGGCCUACACCUCUGAGACAUACCUGAUGAAGCACAUGCGGAAACACAACAUCCCUGACCCACAGCAGCAGGUGGUUCAGGCGCAAGCCCAGGCCUCUCAGCAGCAGCAGCACUUCCAGCCACAGGGUGGAGGGGCAGCAGGGGGCCCUUCUGGAGACACUAACCAACCCAACCCUCCCCCCCAGUGCUCCUUUGACCUGACCCCUUACAAGACUUCAGAGCAUCACAAGGACAUCUGCCUCACUGUCAGCACCAGCGCCAUCCAAGUGGAGCACCUUUCCAGCUCCUAGAGAGACCUCAACCCAGGGAGCAGAAAGCCUCUUGUGCAUAGCCUGCGCCCAGGGGCACCGCUUGUGCAGCGGCCCUCCUCGUGCAACAGUCUCCGGCCUCUCCUCCUGCAACAGCCUCUUCUGGCCGUGUAACCCUGUUCAUGGCAGCCCCUUGAACAACAGCCUGGCUCAAGGGGGUGCUCCUUCUGUGCAACAGCCUGCCUGGUAGGAGGAUGCUUCCUCGUGCAAGAGCCUCUUUCCUGUGCUGGGAUCACUUCCUCAUGCAAGAGCCCCUCCUUUCAAACCCAAAGAAAGGCCCCCUUUUGCCUUCUCUCUCCCUGUGGGAUGUGUCUGAAGGGGGGGGUGCGUGUUGAGACAUGCAUGGUGGGUGGGAUGGAGAAAUGGUCCUUGUCUGUACAGGGGCUCGGACACAUGUUUUCAGCAGACUACAGAAGAAUGUGGCAGGGUUCACAGCUGGAUGGUGUUAUUUGAGGAUUUCCUUGAGUGUCUAAGGGAGAAAUAUCCAUUCCUGUCCCUCCCACUUGUGAAAGGGAGGAAGGGUCACUCGUCCUGCUCCAAGGACUGGAUGGGAGAAACCUCCUUCUCCCCAGUGGAAGGUGAGACCAGUGCCGGGGAGGGAGAGGUGAGGCAUGUUCUCUGGGCAGGGCAGGUGCCUACACUGCCUCAGGGCUGUGGAGUAUCGCACUCUUUCUCCUCCCCUGGUGGAGAGCAAUAGAGAGGAGUCUGUUUGAGCUGGCUGCUGCCUCUCUCCCAGCUGUCUGAGCAGCAUGAUGGCCAAGGCCCUGUAGGAGUGUGGGUUCCUGCUCAAUGCCCUUCCUGCCUGUUGUGGAUGAUGCCCUAGCAGCUUGUACUCCUCCUCUCCCUACUGCUUCCCCUCACCUCCUCAGAAAAGCCUGCAGGCAUCAACAAACAACAAACCAAAAAGCAACUGGAGGGAGGGUAAGAGACUGCCAAAAUAAUCAUCACCCUUCUCUCUACUCCCUUUCCUGAAAGGCGGAACAACAGCAGUUCUGACUCUCGCACACCUGUCCUGCCCCCAGUUUCCCAAAGGGAAGGAGGAGGAGGAGGAAUAGACCAGUCUUACCAAGGAGCUGGCAGGAGGCAGGGAAAGGCUAGCUUCUCCUGCUUGCCUCCUGUCAGAGUGCUCUCCUGGGCUCCCUCUUGCCAAGACGGGCUGGACUCACAUGGCAGUGGUGGCCUCUUCUGGACCCUGGUCAUGGGAGAGAAUCCCCAAAAGGUGGACAGUGGAGAGAAGGGGAUGAAGUUCCCCACAGAGAGACCAAUCUAAUGAGAAGGGGGAGCCAACAAGGAUAAACUGAAGGCCCCUUGAAUUUAUAUAUAUAUAUAUAUAUAAAUAUCUAUUCCCCACCCCCGGCCCGCUCUGUCCUUGCUGUAACUGUUUCUAUCUCUGUGUUUAUAAAACGCAUUAUCCUGGCGAAUUUUUAUUUUCAAUCUUCGUUUGUUUUUUCCCUUUCUCUUCGUCUUCAAUUCUCCUUCCCCCUGUUUUGUUUUGUUUUUUUAUUGGUCCACAUGACUACUAGUCUUGUGUGUCACUUGUUAGUUUCUUUGGAUCAUGGAGGCUGACUCAGAAGAGAAUGAGAAGGCAAGGGAAAAAGCAUGUAUUGUUGGGAUUUAAAAUCAAUCACCCACCCAAAGCCUAUAGAAUCCCAGACUUCUGUAUGAACAACCAAUAGGGGCUUUUUUUAAAACAAACAAACAAACACCUUGUAUAGAAAUAAAUUGGUGUAAAAGGCUCCUUGAAGGUGCUGCUGUGAGCAGCCUGCCCCUGUGACGUGUGUUCCUUCCCCCUGCACCAGAGCACAAGCAUCUUGCUGCUGUGUGUCCCGGGUGGCCAUACAGGUGGACACAAGGACAGCAGCAUCUGUGCCUUUGGGCAGCCUUGCAGUUGACAAAAGGAAAGCUCUGCUCCUGAGGUGCCUGUGGCAGAAACCUUUUUCUCUGCAUUUAGUCACCAGGAUUGGCUGCAACCAGUGGAGUGUUUUCUAGCUCUGUAGGCUAGGCUGGAAGAAGCUGUCUGAUCUGCUUCUUGCAUUUCACAGGUGACAUUUCAACCCGUUUAUCCUGUAUUGAGCCCCAAGAAUGAAUGUGUACUUGAAGUAUGUGUUGACAGAAUGCAUUGGCUUGAUUUUGAGGCACUGGGACAGAGAGAAUCCCUUCCAUUGGUAGCCUGCUGCAAGGACUUCAUGUUCUCACUAUUUAAAUAUUUAAGCCCAGUUUUUCCUUUAGAUCUGUUUGGCCUUGGCUUCCAGGUGCUAGUUUUAUAUACAUCUAUCCCACUGAUUCAGAGGACCUUUGAGCACAGUGGGGCUUUUUUCCCUGAACUGGUAUUUAAACACUGCAAUAGCACUUCUAAAUCCACUUUUCUGACAAGCUAAAUAGAUGGAACUCCUGAAAUCUUCCACUGUAAAGGAUUUCCUCCAGCCCAUGAACUACUCUUGUCCUUUCUUUCUACAUCUUGUAAAAUUUUUCAGCAUCUUACAAAAAAAUGGAGUGUUCAAGCCCCGGUGCCCACAGACAAGGUCCCCCUGCUCUUUGCCUUAAGUCUGCAGAGGAUUGUGUUUGCCCUCUUCUCGCAGCACGUAGCAGCUCACGUGAGCUGCUUCUCUGGUGUGACCCCGAGAUCACCUGAAAGCUCUCCAUGAUGAGUGUUUCCCCAUUUUUACAGGUAUUGUUUGCGUUCUUAUUUUCUAGAUACUUGACAUGAGGCUGUAUCAAAGUCCAGUUGGUGUGGGUGGACCUGGGUUAUGAUGGUCCAGGUUCCUCGCUGCUUUCCCAGUUUUGUCACCUGCAAACUUUAUCAGUUUUGUUUUUGUUGUGUUGGGUUUUUUUACUUUCAAAGCCAGGUUGAAAAUGCUCUCUUGCAUCUGACCUACACUAACUUGAAGAGCGUCAUUCAGUGCAACUUUUUGUGAGCUCCUUUUUUGAAACUUGCAAGCUAGGCAUUUCUUAAUCCACUUAGUGUGUGAUUAUGUACAGUAAAUCUUUUUGACUUAUGGUGCUAGGUCAAUGCCUUACAGAAAAUUAAGUAUGUUGCACCUAUGCAGUCCCCUUUGUUAAACCAAAUGUGUAAUGAUGUCAUCUAAGAAUGAAAUGAAGGUGUUUUUUCAUAUUUUUUUUCUUACCAAAUCUAUAUUUCAUAAAACCUUUGGAUUAUAGGUUUUCGUUUUCAUUCAUUAAUUCUUCAUCUCAACAGCUUUUCCAGAGUUUUGACAUGGAGUCAUUUCAUUUGCCUUUUGGAAAUACUGUCAUGAAUGUCUGAAGGUAUUUCUCUCAUAUCCCAAGUUUAAUUAAAAUCUGCAUCAAUGGGCUA